AGUGCCGCGCGCCCUCAAGCGGAGGCCGGUAGGGAACCCUAGGCUCUGAGCGGAAGUGCGGCUGAGCCGGUUUCCGGGGCCGCUGGUGUGACGUGUCCCGCGCUUGGCGCAGCAGGAAGUCGGGGCGAUCGCGGCCUCAGUUCCCGGCGCCGGCCGGGCUCCUUUCCCGCUGCCGCCAUGCUCGACUUCUUCACCAUUUUCUCGAAGGGCGGGCUCGUGCUCUGGUGCUUCCAGGGCGUGAGCGACUCCUGCACCGGACCCGUUAACGCGUUGAUUCGUUCCGUGCUGCUGCAGGAAAGGGGAGGCAACAACUCCUUCACCCAUGAAGCACUCACACUCAAGUAUAAGUUGGACAACCAGUUUGAGCUGGUGUUUGUGGUUGGUUUUCAGAAGAUCCUAACACUGACAUAUGUAGACAAGUUGAUAGAUGACGUGCACCGGCUCUUUCGGGACAAGUACCGCACAGAGAUCCAACAGCAAAGUGCUUUAAGUCUACUGAAUGGCACUUUUGAUUUCCAAAAUGACUUUCUGCGGCUCCUUCGUGAAGCAGAGGAGAGCAGUAAGGUCCGGGCUCCAACCACCAUGAAAAAAUUUGAAGAUUCUGAAAAGGCCAAGAAACCUGUGAGAUCCAUGAUUGAGACACGGGGUGAAAAGCCCAAGGAAAAAGCAAAGAACAAAAAAAACAAGGGAAACAAGAAAGAAGGUUUUGACGUCCCUUUGGCUGCCAGCAAAACAGUUCCUGCAGAAAAGUCAAUGGGGGCUGAUAACGGGGUAGAACUUUCCAAAGAGGAGCUGAUACGGAGGAAGCGAGAGGAGUUCAUUCAGAAACAUGGGAAGGCUGUAGACAAGUCCAGCAAGUCCACGAAGUCAGAUGCCCCGAAGGAGAAGGGCAAAAAGGCGCCUCGGGUGUGGGCACUGGGUGGCUGUGUUAACAAGGAAGACCUGGAUUAUAGUGCUCCUACCACCAACGGGGCCCCCGAGGUUGCCCCACCUGAGGACAUCAACUUGAUUCGAGGGACUGGGCCUGGGGGGCAACUUCAGGAUCUGGACUGCAGCAGCUCAGAUGAUGAAGGAGCCGCUCAGAACCCUACCAAACCUAGUGCUGCCAAGGGGACUCUGGGUGGCAUGUUUGGGAUGCUGAAGGGCCUUGUGGGUUCCAAGAGCUUGAGUCGGGAAGACAUGGAAUCUGUGCUGGACAAGAUGCGUGAUCAUCUCAUUGCUAAGAAUGUGGCAGCAGACAUUGCAGUUCAGCUCUGUGAAUCCGUGGCCAACAAGUUGGAAGGGAAGGUGAUGGGGACCUUCAGCACCGUGACUUCCACAGUAAAGCAAGCUCUGCAAGAGUCCCUGGUACAGAUUCUGCAGCCGCAGCGUCGUGUAGACAUGCUUCGGGAUAUCAUGGAUGCCCAGCGUCAUCAGCGCCCUUAUGUUGUCACUUUCUGUGGGGUUAAUGGAGUGGGGAAGUCUACUAAUCUUGCCAAGAUUUCCUUUUGGCUGUUAGAGAAUGGCUUCAGUGUCCUCAUUGCCGCCUGUGACACAUUUCGUGCCGGGGCUGUGGAGCAGCUGCGCACACACACACGACGUUUGAGCGCCCUACACCCCCCUGAGAGUCACGGUGGCCGCACCAUGGUGCAGUUGUUUGAAAAGGGCUAUGGCAAAGAUGCAGCUGGCAUCGCCAUGGAAGCCAUUGCCUUUGCACGUAAUCAAGGCUUUGAUGUGGUGCUGGUGGACACAGCUGGUCGCAUGCAAGACAAUGCCCCUCUGAUGACUGCCCUGGCCAAGCUCAUUACUGUCAACACACCCGACUUGGUGCUGUUUGUGGGGGAGGCCUUAGUAGGCAACGAGGCCGUGGAUCAGCUGGUCAAGUUCAACAGAGCCUUGGCUGACCAUUCUAUGGCUCAAACACCUCGGCUCAUUGAUGGCAUUGUCCUUACCAAAUUUGAUACCAUUGAUGACAAGGUGGGAGCUGCUAUUUCGAUGACCUACAUCACAAGCAAACCCAUCGUGUUUGUGGGCACUGGCCAGACCUACUGUGACCUACGCAGUCUCAAUGCUAAGGCUGUGGUGGCUGCCCUCAUGAAGGCUUAACAUGCUCUUGCCCAAAACCAAAUCACCGCUUCCCCCCCAGUCCCUGUUCCUGUAUCAAGAAUGUGCUUUAGAGUGUGAGCAACUUGUCUUCAGUGUAGGAAAGGCAGAGUGAGGGCAGCUCCUGGGCGUGCAGCUCCUCCUAGCCCCGCUCUGUUCAGUCCACCUCCAUCUGCAAGGAGGGCCUAAUCAUGUUACAGUCACUGCCCAUUGCCUAUACCCACCCACCCCCCACCACUGAGGUCCUGCCCUUCCUACUCAGGCUCCCGGUCACUCUGCCUAUAGACUCGGUCUCAUUACAGCUUUGACUAAUGGUCGGAAGAUCCAACACUAGAACUUUGCUAAUUAGUGUGGUCAUUGGGACAUCUGAGCAUCAUAAGCAGUUUGAAGCCCCAGCUCCAUUAGAUUAAGAAACUUCCAGAGCACCUCUGGGUCUUGAGUGGCACCUUUCCCCAGGCUACAUAGCUUUCAGGUCCCUGGGCCUGGGUGACACCCACCAACCACACUGUGGCAAUGUAUGGCCCGUUCUUAAUUGCUGCUAAUUCUGAUGAUGACCCCAUCCCCAUUGUUUCCCUAAAGCAUCAGCUAGGCCAGAGGGAUUUGUUACAAAUGAGCGAAAGGAGAGUCCCCUCUUCUCUCAGAAAGAAGGGCAGCGAGCUACAGUGUUGCAUUGGGCUUCUUGGCCUCCGAGCUCUUGCCCACGCCCGGAAUCCAGGUGUAAGCUUUGCAUGUCCCCUUUCUGGGAGAAAACCAUCUGUCAGAAGGUAUCACGUUGCCCCUCCCUGUUAUUCACCCCGAGGGACCCUGGCUUCUCCGCCUCCUCUCUACAGUGCCUGGUAGACAAGUGCUACAUUGAAUACAAACCUUGUUGAGACUUGUCCUGUAGCUUGGUAUUAAGGAUGUGCUUAGUGCAAUAAGGUGAAGGCUGUCUGCCCAGAGAAAUGCAUAAUUUAUAUAUGAGAAAAUAAAUUUCAUAAGUAAAUGGCC